AUGUGGCCCGCUGCGGCGUUGCCAGCACCACCAGCCGGCGGCGGCAGCGCCAGCGAGGCGUGGGGCUGGCAGUACCAGCAGCUGCCCGGCCCGCUGAUGCACCCGUCUAUGGCCGCUCUCCGCGCUGGCACGGGCGGAAGCGGCGGCAGCAGCCCCUCCGGUUCCCCACGCAGCGGCUCACCCGGCCUGCCCGCCGGCAGCCGCCUGGUGCUUGGUGACACCGUGAUCGAGGCCUGCCCGGCUUCGCCAACAGAGCGCAGCGGUGGCAGCGCCCAGGGCGGCAGCCCUUGCCCGCCGUCCGACCCUCAGAGCGCCUUGGCGGCACCAGCCAUCCCCGGUCUUCGAUACGCAUCCUUCCAGCCGGCAGACGCGGCAGCCCAGGUGCCCGUGUUUCUGCAGCAGCAGGAGGCAGCCGCGGCCUGGGCAGCCGAGGCGGCGGUCAUGCAGGGGCAGCCCCAGGGCAUGGCACAGGCAUCUGCCCAGAACGAAGCCACUCUGCCCCAGGCAUGCGGCUUCCCUCCUUGCCCGCCAACAGGGACCUCCUCUGCCCAGCCAGCAGCGCUGAAGCACUCCCUCAGCAGCCACCAGUGCCUUCAGAUGCCCAACACAGGCUGGGAGCCCAUCCUGGAGCCCGCCACUCUGGCAGCCGCGGCCAUGGGCGGUGGGCAGGCAGACGGGCUGUGCUUCAGCGGUGCCCCACUGCGCCAGCAGGAGGCAGGCGCCGUCACCACUCCGCCUCGUGCUGGACAGGAGCAGCCCGAGGAGCUGCCCAGCGGAGCCAUCCACGCUGCCGACGCCCCUCAGCCCCAGCCCUCCAUUGCCCCCAACCCAGGCGAGGUGGAUGCACUCAUGGCCGACCUGCUGGAGCAGCCGCUGCUCAUGCGCCACAUCAGCAUCGCCCAGCCCCCGCCCCAGCCCCCCCCUCCAGCAGCCCCAGGGUGA